AACCACCACCGAAUGGCUCUCUCUGUUGCCUGCCUACACUACACUGCAAACUGCAUGUCACCUGAAGACUGAAUGAUUCAUAUUCUCUUCUCACCGUUGAACCAAGAAACCACGAAGCAGCCCCAAAGAUCCAAACCUCAACUCGAGAGAAAUUGAACCCACUCCAAGGACGACUCAUCAUCCAUGGCCAUCGACGCUCAAUUACACUGGCAGCUCCUCCUCUGCGUCGCCAUCGUCGUCGGCUCAGUCACGGCCUCCUUAUGGACGAUCCUCCGGAAGAAGAAGAAGAAGGACACGCACGCAGACGCAGUGCAGCCUUGGACCGAUGGCGCCGCGUCCGGUUUCAGUUCUUCCACCGGAGCAAUGUGGAGGAGCGGGGUGCACCCGGCGUGGCUGCUGGCGCUCAGAGCCACCGCCACGGCCGCGCUGGCCGCCGUGCUGCUGUGGGACCUGCGGACCUAUGACCCCACCAUCAUGAUGUACUACACAGAAUGGGUCUUGUCACUAGAGAUCGUCUACUUUGGGGUUGCUACUCUGUUUUCUGCGUACGGAUGCUUCGUCCACACAGAAAUCUUUCCGAGCGAACAGGCGAACAACGAAAGUUUGUUGCUCUGCAGUAGCCCUACCGAGAUCAAAGAUUGUGCUGACAAGGGAGCUGGACGGUGUUUCGCACGCUUCAUGCAGAUUGUCUACCAGGUCUGCGGUGGCGCGGUUGUGCUGACGGAUGUGGUCUUCUGGGCUAUCAUAGUACCCUUCAUCUCAUCAGCUCAUUUCAGUUUCAAUGCAGUCAUGGGCUGCAUGCACUCUUUCAACCUUGUGUUUUUGCUGGCAGAGACUGCUCUUAACUGCCUGGCUUUCCCUUGGUCCGGAAUAGCCUAUUUCCUUCUCUGGACAUGCUCAUAUGUAAUCAUACAAUGGAUUGUGCAUGUCUGCGGCUUGACAUGGUGGCCUUAUCCAUUUCUUAAUCCAACAGCGCCCUGGUCACCAUUGUGGUAUUUCUCCAUGGCAUUGCUUCAUCUUCCUUGCUAUAUUGUGUAUUGGUGGAUUGCAAGUGUAAAGAACAGACACGCCACAAUAUUUGAUUUUGGGUCACUAGUUUGUGAGAUGAAAAAGAUGGUGGUGGAAAGCUGGAUCAGGAGUGCCAGAUGGGGGCAUCGAGGAUUCUCUGACUAAGUCACCUGACUUUGAGGUGACUAACAUGUGACUCCUACAACAAGUUGGUCUUGAUGUUAGCCACACAAAAUUAGGUGACUUAAGCUAGAAAAUUUGCGCCUAGUUAGACAUUGAAGCGCAUGAAGAUAUUGAUACAAGCUACUACCACAAACCCAUAGUCCAGGUGCGGGCACCCUUUAUCGAUGUAUCAGCUGCCAGUGGGAACGAAAAGCUCUUCACUAAAUUCACGCUGUCCGAUGAGCACCCGCAGAGCAUCAAGGGCACAGUAGCACGUGAGGCGGCUUGCCAAUGCCUUGUCGAACCACUGCUCACUGCACGUCGAUCCUCACCACAAACAACUUCAUGCAUCUGGCAGUAUCUACUACUGAGUUACUGAGUUAAGCACGAUAGCAUGUCAACGACAUCGAAAACGACCAUGCCUACAUCGUGUUUCCCACAGACUAUCGGGCGCGUAUGGACCUGCCCGUGCCAGACAAUAACCUUGGCAACUGCGUAGGCUUCGAUGUUCCUGGCCUCUUCACCAUGUGCUCUAUGGUUGGCAUCGCUGUCAGAACAACGUCGUGCGCCAACCAGCUUCCGGGUGAAGGUGAGGCGUGGCGGUAGUGACAGAAGGAGCAUCAGAGCUGAGCAGGAGCCGCACCCAGAUCGACUUGUCUCUGCUAGGUCACUCGCUUCGGCAUGCACCACCAUGUGUUCUGCUGCCGUGUUGGUGGUUGUCGGACGAGAACGGCGCAUUUCCGUGCUCCUAAUCGAUUCCAAUAGAGGAGGGAAACUCCAUGGGGAUUUGGGCAAAAAUCCACUAAACCAAAUUUGCUAAAAGCCCUUGUGAUUUGUAUUAGUGGCCAUGUCAGCCACCACGUGUCCAUUUGACAACCCACACCAUGAUUUGGACUUGCUAAGUUCGGAAAAUCGAGAUGCCAA